CGCCCCGCACCGCCCCAACAAGAUGGCGGCGGGGCGGGAGGGGAGGCGCGGGGCGGGAGGGGAGGCGCGGGGCCCGCCCCCGCUGAGGGCGCCAAGAUGGCGGCGCUGCGUGAGGGGGAGUUCGCCGCCCUGCAGAGCCUGCUGAAGGCGCCGUCGAAGGAGGCCGUGCGGCAGCUGUGCCAGGAGUGCUUCUCCAGCCCGCCCGCCGGCCUCGGCCCGCUGGCGCAGCGCGCCUGCCCCGCCAUCGCCGCCAGCCCCGAGGAGGCCGCGCAGCUGGUGUCCGCCUUGCACAGCCUCACCAGGCACGUCGUGUACCGCGGCUUGACAAGAGCAGAAGAUAUCCUCGCUCUCUUUCCAGAAAACUUCCACCAAAACCUGAAAAACCUUUUAACUAAGAUAAUCUUGGAGAAUAUCUCUGCUUGGAGGAAUGAGGCACAAGCAAGUCAGAUCUCCUUGCCUCGGCUGGUUGACAUGGACUGGAGGGUGGACAUCAAGACAUCGUCAGACACAAUCAACAGAAUGGCAGUCCCUACGUGCCUGCUGCAGUUAAAGAUUCAGGAAGAUGCUGCCUUAUGUGGAAAUAGUCCUGUUGUUUCUGCACUGACUGUGGAACUGAGUAAAGAAACACUGGACACUAUGUUAGAAGGUCUAGGAAGGAUCCGGGACCAACUUUCCGCUGUUGCAAACAAAUGAAUACCCAAGGACGUGAAUUCCAGCAACCAGGAAGGGAAGUAUUCUACACCUGUAGCUUUCCUAAGUUGCAGCCUUGUUUUGUAUAACAUGGUUUAUGUUUUAACCAAACAAAAUUAAGAAUAUUUCUUUUUUGAAUUAAGAAGAUAGCUUUUGAAAAGCUAACUCUUAAACAUUCCUUUGGCCUGGUGCCAGAAAGUGUUUUCAUACUGUUGUCGAACAAAAAUUGGUCUGUAUUUUGGAAAAGGAUUUAAGGGCUCAGAGCUUGGUUUAAUCACAAGGGUCAUAAUUGGAAAUAGCAAAUAGCUGCAACCAAUGAAGCAAGUGCUAUCUCCCUGCCCUGAAAUUAGGAUCUAAAAGGCUCAAGCUGGUUAAUGGGCUGCCUUCCAGCAUUAGCAGACAAGGAGGGUACUUCCCUCUGGAAUGUGCAUGCACUGAGGUGCAUGCUAGAUGUAGCACUCUCUCCCUUUACUCUCUCCCUUUCAAUGAAGCACAGCCAUGCUGCAGACUGUUAUUACAGGAUAAUGCUUUGAAAUAGGGCAAUUAUGCUACAACACAUUCCCUUCUGAUCAGCUUCAUAGCACCAUUUGCAAAACGACUGUCUGUACAUCUUUAGCAGCAAGUAAUUUCCUCCUUCUGUCUGAAAAGAAUAAAGGAGAUCAGAUAAUUCAUGUUUGGGUUUAUUAGACUUUGAGCUUUGCUUUCCCUGCAGAAGAAAACAGACUGGGAAAGUAAAGAAUUGAUGGCCUUUGUCUGUGGUGUAGGAAACCUUUCUAUGGCAAUUGGUGCCUAUAUUUCCCCAAAGUGUUCUGAUGUUUGUUUGUAUAAAUCUCCAUUUAAUUAAAAAGCAAACUGCUAAU